AUAGUGCAAAAUGUGGAACAUGAUGUGCGACGUGAUGCCGACCAUCUCGGAGGACACCAUCUCCCAGCGGUCGUCCCAGUUCAGCGGCGAGGAUGCCAACUUCGAGCAGCUGAUGGUUUCGAUGCUGGACGAGCGGGACAAGCUGAUGGACAGCUUGCGCGAAACCCAGCAGCGGAUGGCCGACAUGGAGAUGAAAAUCCAAGAAGUGGAAAAGGAACGGGACAGUCUACACCGUCAGAUUGCGGCCAAUUUGCCACAGGAAUUCUCGACACUAACCAAAGAGCUAACGCAGGCCCGCGAGACGCUGCUCGAGCGAGAUGAAGAAAUCGGAGAGCUUAAGGCGGAACGAAACAAUACCAGGCUCCUGUUGGAACAUCUCGAGUGUCUGGUGUCCCGGCACGAGCGUUCGCUACGCAUGACGGUGGUGAAAAGGCAGGCUGCGUCCCAGAGCGGUGUAUCAAGCGAGGUGGAGGUGUUGAAGGCCCUUAAGAGUUUGUUCGAGCACCACAAGGCGUUGGAUGAGAAGGUUCGAGAGCGGCUCCGAAUAUCGUUAGAAAAAAAUAAUGAGCUGGAAGAGGAACUCAACCAAACCAAAGAGGAGCUUCAACAAUACAAGUCCGGCGUAUUAUCUAACCAAUCUGACCCCUCGUUGGAUAAUAGCAGCGAAAAGAAGGACGCAUUGAAGAAUGGUGAGGCCGGAGAAAUGAUCGAUUACAGUGCGAAAACGCACGAACUGCAAACCAUCAUCGAGAAGCAAACGGCAGAACUGUCCCAGUGGCAACGGCGCGUCUCCGAUCUGAACACCAAGAUCAACGAAAUGGAGGACAACAUGUGCAAGCUGCAGAAAGAGUAUACCAAAUCGCAGGAAGCAUGCGUGAAGCUGCAACGUGAUCUGCGCGAAAACGUUGCCCAGAAAGAGGACCAAGAGGAACGGAUCGCAACGCUCGAGAAGCGUUACCUUAAUGCACAGCGCGAAUCAACCUCACUGCAUGAUCUAAACGAAAAGCUUGAACAGGAAUUGCGCCACAAGGAGGCUCAGCUAAAGCUGCAAGAGGGCAAAAUAGCAGCAAUACAAGAAAAGCUAGAACUGUCCGAGCAAAAGUUGGCACAGUUCUCGAAAUUGCCUGAAAUGGAGGAACAACUUAAGGCUCGUAUGGAAGCCCUAACACAGGCUCAAGAGCGGCAUGGUUCCGCGGAGGAUAGAAUAACGCGCCUCGAAAACAGUGUGGAGGAAAAGAAUGCGGAAGUCAUGCGUCUGAAUCAAAGACUGAAGAUGAACGAAGAGCACAAUCAGCGGCUAUCGUCGACGGUGGACAAACUGCUGGCCGAGUCGAACGAUCGAUUGCAAGUCCAUUUGAAGGAACGCAUGACGGCGCUCGAGGAAAAGAAUACGCUCACGCAGGAGCUCGACAAGGCGCGUAAGUACGCCGAGGAGCUGUGCCAGGAGAAAUCCGAUAUGCUCAAGGAGAUCGCAAAGAACCGGCUAGAGAUGGAAACAUUCAAGCGUCAAAUUUUGCAACAGGAAAUUGCGUACAAUAUUCAACAAACCGAAGCACUUACCAGAAGCUUAUCACCAAAUGCGGUCGGCAAUGCGUCUGCCAACAGUGGAUUCUCACGCAGCGGUUCGGCCACAUUCAGCACACACAGCUUGCGGCGGAACAAGCCGACACUCGAGGAGGAACACUUUAAUCGUUCGAUGGCGGAACAGGACUGGAACAAGCUGCAGCACAUGGCCAAUGCACAAGUAUUUGACGGGGGCGUUCUCGAGGGCGCGGAUGAGGCGGACAAUCUGUUCGGCACAGGCGAUAUUAUAUCACCGACCGGACACACCGAUGCACAAACUUUGGCCAUCAUGCUGCAGGAGCAACUUGACGCAAUCAAUAACGAGAUCAGGUUAAUACAAGAAGAAAAACAGUCCACAGAAGCACGAGCCGAGGAGCUAGAAUCUCGUGUCGGAAGUUUAGAGCACAUGAAUCUGCUGGCCCGCGGACGCUCGAUGGACCGUCAGAGUCCACCGCUCAGUGGCAGCAGCACACCAAACAGUCCAAACCGCGAUUAUCUUCAAAAGUAUCAUACGGUACAGUUGGCGCAUCUUCAGUCGGAAAUGCAGCAUGACGAUAUGGGAAAUCCAGAUCAUGAUAUGUCGGCUGGCGGUAUUGGCGGAGGCGAUACCAGUUCUGGCGGAACUAUAUCACCGGCCACUGCACGCACAAUGCGGCUGGAACGGUUCGCCCUAGCAUUAGCCCACAGCCAAGAAGAGCUGAAACGGAAUCAUUUUGUCGCCAGCAACACGUACGGAAUGUCCCCGCUAAACUCACGCCAUGGAAGUCAGGAAUCGUUGAAGCACUUAAGUAUGGUUAGCUCGUUAAGUUCCCUACAAACGCCAACCGCCAGUCGGGGAGGAGAUGCCGUAUCGGCGGCUCAAAAGAAGAAGGGCAUUAAAUCCAGUUUAGGACGGUUCUUCAGUAAAAAGGAUAAGGUAAAGGGCGUAAAGGAUUCCUCAAUGCCAGACGGCUCUACUAGCAUGAUGUCGAUGAGUGGGUUAUCGCUUAUUAGCGACAUUGAUUCCACGUAUGAUAACAUCAGCGUAUCUGGUUACAAACCAACGGGCAAGUCGAAUCCGAUCGAUUACACUCGACAAAAGAAAAAGGAACACGACUAUCGGCAUGAUCUGUUGGGCGAAGCGAUGAAAGCUGGCACACCGUUCGCACUGUGGAAUGGGCCAACAAUUGUGGCUUGGCUUGAGCUGUGGGUCGGCAUGCCGGCCUGGUAUGUGGCGGCUUGUCGUGCCAACGUAAAAUCCGGUGCCAUUAUGAGCGCUCUGAGCGAUACAGAAAUACAGCGUGAAAUCGGUAUCAGCAAUCCACUGCACCGGCUAAAAUUACGUCUUGCCAUACAGGAGAUGGUGUCCCUGACAUCGCCAUCCGCACCGCAAACCACGCGGACAACGCUGGCAUUUGGUGACAUGAAUCACGAGUGGAUAGGAAACUAUUGGUUGCCUAGUUUGGGUCUACCUCAGUACCGUACUACGUUCAUGGAGUGUCUGGUAGACGCUCGCAUGUUAGAUCACCUCAACAAGAAGGACCUGCGCGGCCAGUUGAAGAUGGUGGACAGCUUCCAUCGGACUAGCCUGCAGUACGGUAUAUCCUGCCUGAAACGGCUAAAUUACGACCGUGCGGCACUGGAGGAGCGACGAAAGGCGUCCGAAAACAAUCUCAGUGAUGUGCUGGUGUGGACAAACGAUCGCACAAUGCGAUGGGUGCAGAGCGUUGGCCUGAAGGAGUAUGCCAACAAUCUGCUAGAGUCCGGUAUACACGGCGCGCUGAUAGCGUUAGAUGAAAGCUUCGAUGCUAAUUCCAUGGCCCUAGCUUUGCAAAUUCCAACACAAAACACACAGGCUAGACAAAUUUUAGGCACGGAAUUUAACAAACUACUCGAACUGUCGACCGAACGGCGCACGGAUCGAGAUUCAAUCAAAUCUUGACAUAAUCCUAGUCAUCCUAGUCUAAAUGGAUAAUAAGUAUGCUAUUAUUAAUAAUGAUAAUAAUAUAAAGUAAUAAU